UUCCUCAUCCCCUUUGCUUUCUGCUGCAAUGCAAAACCAAGCACUUCGAGAUGCCACCUACCUUACCCCGUUGGCCCUCCACGAUUCACCCCCGAUCCCUUCCUCUCCGCUUUUGUCCAGAGCACUGCAGAAUCAAGCGGUGAAAGACGCCUCCUACAUUUCUCCUUUGCAGAGGCGACUAUCUCCUCACGAGGAGCCCAUGGCCCCUUCCUCCCCGAUAGUGUCAAGUGCCCUGCAAAACCAUGCGGUAAGAGACGCAUCCUAUGCUCCUCCUCUACAAAGGCCGCUCUCUCCUUACGAGCACCCCAUGCCCCCUUCCUCCCCGAUGGUGUCUAGAGCACUGCAAAACCAGGCGUUGAGAGACGCAUCCUAUGCUUCUCCUCUGCAAAGGCCGUUAUCACCUUUUGAGCAGCCUAUGGCCUCUUCCUCUUCGAUGGUAUCCCAAGUGCUGGAAAACAAGGCAGUGAGAGAUGCCUCCUAUGUGUCUUCCCUUCAAAGGCCUCCAUCCCUGUAUGCUCAACCUGGGCCUUCAUCUCCACUGCUUUCUGGAGCCAUGAGACACGGUCAGGUACUCCAGAAUCUAGCGUCCUAUCCCACUCCGCACCUCCACUCACCAUAUGGGCAAACGUAUGUUACCGGGUACGAUUACAUCUCUGAGCCUGGUCCAGCACCGCUGCUCUAUGAUGCUUUGCAGAACCGCUCCGACUUUCAGAACGUUGCAUCUUUAAGAUCCCCAAUGAUGCAACACCAUAACCCUUACGCUCCGGUCACCCCCAAGCUCCAUAGUGCACUGCAGCAGAACCCAAAUCUCCGCCAAGUGUCCUAUCAGACUCCUUUGAAACUCAGUCGGUCGCCCUAUGCACCCCCGCCACCUUCUUCACCAUUGCUGGCGAAUGCCAUUCACAAUCCACAGCUGAUGCAGGCAUCCUACCGGUUGCCGGACGGAACCUUGGUGUCGCCUUUUGCAGAUCCACGUUCCUCACCGCAGCUCGGUCAGGCCUUGCAAAACCAGCAAAUACGGGGAGCUUCAUACAUUUUGCCUGAUGGAUCAAUUAUUACGGACCCACGGGUUUCCCAGCAGCCCAUGUCUCCUAACCUUGCCAGAGCGCUUCAGAACCAGGAUCUCAGGACUGCUACUUACACUCUACCUGAUGGCACAAUUAUAGACCCAAAAACCAAGUAACCAAUGAUUUAUGACUCCUGUUUUGAAUCCACAUUGUUUCCGCCUUUGAUAACCAUUAACCUGUCUCUUCACAUACAGCAACCUGUUUCCCCAGACCUCGCUAAGGCACUAAAGAACCCUGCUCUCCGUGAAGCAUCCCAGUCGCUCCCUGACGGUACCAUCGUCAUUGACCCAAAAAAAACAAAAUCCCCCAACCUCACGGCAGCACUUCAAAACCCUUACCUAAAAUCGGCAUCUUACACGCUGCCAGAUGGCACUAUAAUCAUUGACCCCCGGAAGCCUGUUUCUCCGAGUCUUGCUAACGCCCUUCAGAACCCUACCCUCAGGAAGGCCUCCUUUAACCUGCCGGAGGGAGUUCGGGACCCCAAUACACCUAUACCGCCAGACUUAUUAAAGGCUCUUAAUAACCCGGCCUUGAAGGGGGCAACCCUCACCCUCCCCAAUGGAACCAUGAUUGUCGACUCAAUGAAACCAAAGACUCCCAACUUGACCUCUGCCCUUCACAACCCCUACCUUAGGGGUGUAUCGUACACUCUGCCUGACGGAACCAUCAUCAUCGACCCGCGCAAACCGAUCACUCCGGACUUGUCAAAAGCUCUUGCAAAUCACAGCAUUCGGAAUGCUUCGUAUCAGCUCCCUGAUGGUUCCCUGGUUAUCCCUGGUCAGCAGCCUGCGACUCCAAACCUCACCGCUGCUUUGAGGAAGAACAUGGGCCUUCGUUCAUCUGAUCUCUUCCACCUCCCUCAAAACUCUGUGUUCAAGGGGGCACCGAAACCCGACAGUCCGAACCUAUACUCUGCCCUGAAGAAUGACGACCUGCGUGGCAUCUGUUACAGGCUGCCAGAUGGCUCUGUCCUCACAAGACGGUUCAACAAUCCCAGCCUGGCCAACGCCAUCCAAAACCAGCAGCUUCGCUAUGCUUCCUACAGGCCCCCAACUGCACUAUAUGGCACAGAUAAUCGCUACGCCCCAAUCCCACCCUAUGGACCGCACUCGGGUCACUGGGCCCGGAAUGCCAGGGGCGGCGGCGAAACCGGGGAGGAUGUGUGGGCCUCUGAGAGAGUUUUACCCCAUGGCACGGUCCAGCAUCUGGCCAAGUGGUCCAUGUAUAGAGAGACAGGUGUGUUAGAUGGAUAUUUACCCACAGCCGACAUCAAGAACGAAGAGCUUCAGGAUCCAGACUGGACCCCCGUCCGAGAGAGGGUUCCUGGGCAGAGCUGGUAUGACAAGAUCUACUCUAUCCUAAGCAUGCCGACAACCAGCCACAGGGUGAAGCGCUGGGCCGAGGGCGUGGAGGACUUGACACAACUGCCAGAACUGAAUGAGACCACCGUCCUGAUGAACCUCAAGAAACGCUAUGACCAGGAGCUCAUUUAUACGUACAUCGGCGGCAUCCUGGUCUCCGUCAACCCAUACAAGCUUCUCAACAUUUAUGGCACAGAUAUUUUACUCCAGUACGAGGGACAUGGCCUGAGCGACAACCCUCCUCAUCUUUUUGCCCUUGCUAAUCUCUCCUACACCAACAUGAUGGAUGCCAAAGACAACCAGUGUAUUGUCAUCAGUGGAGAAAGCGGGUCCGGGAAGACGGAAGCCACCAAACUGAUCCUGCGUUACUUGACAGCCAUACAUCACAAACGCAAUGUGACACAACAGAUAGAGAUCUUGGAAGCCACGCCCCUGUUGGAGUCAUUUGGCAACGCCAAAACGGUGUGCAACGACAACUCGUCACGCUUUGGCAAAUUCACAGAGAUCUGCAUGGAGGAAGGUGUAAUCAGCGGUGCCAUAACAUCUCAGUACCUGUUGGAGAAGUCCCGCAUUGUCUUUCAGGCCAAAUCGGAGAGAAACUACCACAUCUUCUACGAGAUGCUGGCGGGCCUUCCUCCACACGAGAAGCGCUCACUGCAUCUGCAGGAUCCCGAAACCUACUAUUAUCUAAAUCAGGGAGGGGACUGCAAAAUCGUGGGGAAGGACGAUGCCCAGGACUUCCGCCACCUCCUGAGCGCUAUGGAUCUCCUGCGCUUCAACGCCGAGGAGCGAAAGGGCAUCUACCUGCUCCUUUCCUCCGUCCUCCAUCUCGGCAACGUCUACUUCCAGUCGCACCAGGCUGGAGGUCAGGAGGGGGCGGCGGCGGCGAGCACUCAGGAGAUCCGAGUGGUCGCUGACCUGCUACAGGUGUCGCCCGAAGGCCUGCAGAAGUGUGUCACCUUCAAAGUCAUGGACACAGUCCAUGAAAAGAUCUCCACUCCGCUCACAGUGGAGAGCGCUGUGGAUGCCAGAGACGCCGUUGCCAAGAUCCUCUACUCGCUGCUCUUCAACUGGCUGAUAGAGCGUAUCAACGGACGGGUAUACCCUCGCAACGAGGUGCUCUCCAUCUCCAUACUGGACAUUUAUGGAUUUGAGGAGCUGGAGGUGAACAGUUUUGAGCAACUGUGCAUCAACUAUGCCAACGAAACUUUGCAAUUCUUUUUUAACAAAGUCAUCAUCCAGCAAGAGCAGGAGGAGUACAUGCGAGAGCAGAUCGAGUGGCAGCAGCAGCCCUUCAGUUCUAACCAGGCCUGCUUGGACCUGAUUGCCGCAAAGCCUCAUGGGAUUCUGCGCAUACUUGACGAUCAGUGCGGUUUCCCUCAGGCCACAGACCACACGUUCCUGCAAAAGUGCCAUUAUCACCAUGGUAACGACCCCCUGUAUGCCAAGCCAAAGAUGCCUCUGCCCCAGUUCACCCUCAAGCACUAUGCCGGAAAAGUUACCUACCAGGUGAACAAGUUUCUGGACAAGAACUUUGACACGGUCCGCCAGGAUGUCCUGGACCUGUUCAUCCACAGCAAAAACAGAAUUGUGGCGGACCUUUUCUUGAAACAUUCCGAGGUGUUGUCCCAGCAUCGGUCCAGCACGCGGCGCAGCAGCACGGCUCGCCGCUUCCAAGCCAGCACGGUCAGCGUUAAGUUCCAGAGCAGCUUGCAGGAGCUACUGGAGAAGAUGGAGAGGUGUCACCCUUAUUUUGUGCGCUGUAUCAAGCCAAACCAGCGUAAGGAAGCUGCAAUGUUUGACAUGGACCUGGUCUCGACGCAGCUGCGCUACUCUGGAAUCAUGGAGACCAUCCGGAUACGCAAGGAGGGCUAUCCCAUUAGACUGACAUUUCACAGCUUCCUAUCCAGGUACAAAGCGCUGCUCUGCUUGAAGGACCCCCCCAUGGCCGACCAAGAAAACUGCGUCAUCAUGCUGAGGAAGCUGGGACCCGUCAAGGUCGGCUCCUACCAGUUGGGAGUCACUAAGAUCUUCCUGAAGGAGGAUCUGUAUCAGCUCCUGGAGGGCAAGCGUGACCGCGUGCUCAACAUCGCCGCCCUCACGCUACAGAGAUACGUGCGCAUGUACUUCAUACGCAAGAACUUCGUCAAGUUCCGACACCGCAUGACGCAGCUGCAGGCCAGAUGCAGAGGAUGCGUCGUCAGAAAGAAGUUUGCCCGCAGGAGGAAAUAUCUCGUCAAGUUGCGUGCCAUGGUGCGAGUCAUCGUCAACCGGCAGUGGUACAUCCGGACGGUGGUGGAGCCAGCGCGGAAGGCUGAGGAGGACCGCAUCAACCGAGAAGUGGUGAACAUGACCACCCUCCCCAUCCCCGCUGAGUUGGCGGCGCUGCUUCAGGCAGCUUCAGGUGGUGCCGAGCUGCACUCGGACUGCCUGGCGCUGGUCCAGGCUCCCAAAGUUAAGGUUGAACCACAGAUGACCUUACCCCUGGACAUCAACAACUACCUCAUGACUCAUUAUGUCCGCACCAUAUUUAGGGACCCAUACUUUGGGAUGCUGACAGCCCCUCUGGAAAACUCCCUGACCCGAAUGGAUCCAAACUUGAAGCAAGGAGCCCUAAACAUCUUUGUCCUGAUUCUUCGCUUCAUGGGUGACCCGGAGCUGAACGGGGCUCAGGAGAACCUCUUUGGGAAUUACAUCAUCCAGAGAGGGCUUGGCAACGCCGAGCUCCGAGACGAGAUCUUGGCUCAAGUGGCCAAUCAGGUGUGGAGGAAUCCCAACAUGCUGAAUUGCGAGCGUGGUUGGCUCUUCUUGUCCUCGUGUUUGUCUGCCUUCCUGCCUUCCCCGAGUCUGGCCAAGUACCUGCUCAAGUUUGUGUCAGACCACGGGCCCGAGGGCUACGACUCUGUGUGUCAGCACGCUCUACUGCGGGGCAUGCGGCGGCGCAGCGGCGGGCCCGAGUACACGCGCGCCUACCCGCCAUGUCUGCUGGAGUGGACCGCCAACCGCAAGAGAGCGCGCACCCUACUCCAUGUGCACUGCUCUGAUGGUGUGUCUGUCCUGUGUCCCGUGCACUCUUGGACUACAGGGGAGAACAUGGCCAAUGACAUCUUGCAUCACAGGGGUGUGACGGAGGGCCGUCGAGGCUGGUCGGUGCUGCUCAAGGAGUCAGCACAGUGGGUGGAGCUUGAGGGCUCGGACUAUGUCCUGGACCUGAUGUCGGACCUGGAGCUGCCCGCCCGAUUCCCCAAGAACGGCAGCUACUUCAUUAUCUCGUCGCAGGAACCGGGACGCGUACGAGCCAAUGCCAGCAUUCUGCUGGGCGGCUGCUUUGACGGCAACGACGACGCCCUAUCGUCGGCCCACAUCGCCCGCGAUCACUUCGCUAGCCAGGACCCGGAGCCUCAUCGAGGGACGGAUGGCUAUUUGGACAGCCUCUUUGAGCCCGUGCUGUCCGACGGGAGCGCGAUGGUCCUCGGUGAUAUCACGGCGUCUCGUGGCUUGCGGCAGAGAAGCAUUCCAAGUGACCCCACGGAUCCUUCGAUGGGAUCUUACAAUCAUUGUGAAGCAGAAUUCACCAAGCGUUCGUUAGAUUGUUGGACGACUAGUAGGGAACAUGAGCUGAAAUGGGAGGGAGCGGAUCCAGCUGCGAAGGGCCGUGGAGGAGUCGGAUGGCAAGACCAAGGACCUUCGGGUGGCCCACCGCCUCCACCUGGCGCCGUACGAGUCCUGCCCGUGGGAGGUGUGAUGUCACUUCCCGUUGCCACCGUGGCCCCCGUGACAGACGCCCUGUCGAUCGCCCGGACCUCUCCCGUCAUGAGCCCUCCCGCCGGCACCCUACUCCAGCACCCUCCGAGCCCAUACGCCACCGACAUUCCCCCAAGUCCCUAUGCCAACAUCCCGCCCAGCCCGUAUGCCAACUUCACACCGUCUCCCUAUGCCACCGCGGGCCCGGCAUCUGGUCCUUACCCUCCGACGUCGGAGCCCGAGCCGGACCCUCAGACGGGCGACGCCCAAAUCAACAGGAGCAGAUCCACCUCGCCGCCGCAGGCUAAUGAACAGGCUGCGUCUCGUGACAAUAAAAAGGAUAGCGGUCCUCGGAGGAGAGCCCCUGGAAUUCCCAUCAACAAGGACAAACCCGCCCAAAAUUUGGCCCCAGUGGCGCUGUCUCCUGCCCCCCCUGCUGGCGAAGCGGUGAAGUACUCUGAGCAGAUUGUGCCCAGUCAGGAUAUUCAAGAAAUUAUUCGGCGGUACAACUCUCCACCUCCCUUGGUGGAGCCACUGCCACCUGAAAAAAGGAGACCAGAGGGUAAAUUUAAGAAGAAGCAAACGCCUCGUGAUGAAGCUUUGCGGAUCUUAAAACCGCAGAUGGACAACCCUCCUGCUCCACAGCCCAAGCAUCCCCCGGUCCCCCCGCCCUCUGCAUCUGCCAUGAAGGAAAGCACCUUCCAGCCUACCAAGAACACAAAGAGGAAAGCUCCUCAUCGUCCGGUGCCGGUACCUCCACCAGUUUCUCGAGAGCUCCCGGUGGAAACGCAGAGCAUCCGGACCAAAGUGCACCAGAGGACCAACCAGGAACACUACACCUACACCAACGUUCCCUGGAAACUCUACCUUCGGAAAGAGGUGUUCUAUCCCAAAGACAGCUUCAAUCAUCCGCUGGUGUUGGACCUCAUUUUCAAACAGAUCAUCAACGACACCCUGUCGGAGGCGUGCGUCCGCAUCCGUCGGGAUGAAAGGCAGCAGAUGAAAGCUCUCUUUGACGAACACGGGGUGCAGCAGAACACCGAUCCGGUACAGGAACACGUGAAGAAAACCAUCAUCACGGCCGCUAGGGACACCUGGGAAAUCUACUUCUCCCGACUCUUCCCGGCAUCAGGUAGCGCGGGAACAGGAGUGCAGGUGUUGUCGGUGUCACAAGGCGGCAUCAAGCUGUUAAAGACGGUGAAAAGCAGCGCCGCAGCUCCAGACUACUUCAGAGUCCUGAGAGCAUACACUUACGCAGACAUCCUGUUUGUGACCGUCCCCUCUGAGAACAUGCUGGAAUUCAACCUGAGCAACGAGAAGCUGAUCCUGUUCUCGGCCAAGGCGCCGCAGGCGAAGCACCUGGUGGACACCUUUAUCGGCGAGAUGAAGAAGGAUUCUGAGUACGUGAUCGCGGAGCGCAACUUUGUCGCCAACCGGCGUGGCGUGCUCAACUUCCACAAGGGCGAUGUCAUCAGACUACAGGUGCUGGACGGCCUGGACAAAGGUUACAGUUAUGGCUGUGUGGUGAGCAAGAAGGUGGUUUUCUUGGAGGAGCUCGAGAAGGACACACAGGACUUUGGUUGGAAGUUUGGCGCGGUGUUUGGUCGCUCUGGCGCCUUCCCAUCCGAGUGUAUCCAUCCCAUUGCUCCUCCUGACUUCCUGUCCCUGCCGUCGGACCGCAAGGUGGAGCCCCGAGGCGGCGCGGGCCAGUUUGCCGUGUCGUCGGCGGCGGCCGCGGCGUCCACCAUGGCCGCGCAUGAGAUCGACCAGACCGUCGAAAGUCAGAGGGUUUCUCUGGAUGGCUUGAAUGAAGAAAUGGACGAGAGGACUUUGCUGGACAGCAAGUACGACAUGCUGGAGUUUGCCAGGAAGUACUUCAGACAGGCUGCCACUGGGAGAGGGGACUCCCUGAAGAACAAGAGCAAGAGCCGAGACUCCAGGGAACCCGAGGAAAUGAUCAAGUUCUCUAAGAUUCCCCUGAGCGAGUCCCUCAUAGAGUUGCCGGAUCCGGCCGUGAACCGAGUGGCGGCGGACCUUUUCCUCUCGGUGAUGCGCUUCAUGGGGGACUUGUCGUUAAAGGGGCUGACGGAGCAGGAAGUGCUCAGCACUUUCCUCAAGCUGGUAGGAAAGUUCCCCUUGAUGAGGGAUGAGGCCUACUGUCAGGUGGUCAAACAGGUCACAGCUAACACCAGCUCCAAACCUGACAGCUGCCAGCGAGGGUGGAGGCUGCUAUACAUCUUGACGGCAUUCAGUCGCUGCUCUGAGGUUCUCAAGCCCUUCCUGCUCAAGUACCUGACUCAGGCCUCCCACGGUGCUGGGGUGCAGUAUCAGGGCAUCGCUAAGGCAUGCGAACACAAUCUGAAGAAAACUUUCCAAUACGGCGGCCGCACUGUUCCGCCCAACAACAUGGAGCUCAGAGCCAUGAUGGCGGGUAGAAGCUCCAAGCGCCAGCUGUUCCUCUUUCCGGGGGGCCUGGAACGCCACGUGAAGAUCAAAACAUGUUCUGUUUCCCUGGAGGUGAUGGAGGAGCUGUGCUACGAGAUGGGCCUCCACAGGGUGGAGGCCAUCGAGGAGUACGCCAUCUUUUUGGUCACAGACGGAGGUCAGAACGUGCGUCCUCUCAGCAAACACGAGUACAUCCUGGAUGUGGCCACCGACGCAGAACUGGUAGACAACGACUACAGCUUCUGGUUCCGACGCGUCGUCUGGACUCAGCCUCUCAAAUUUGACAACGAGCUCUAUGUGACCAUGCACUAUAACCAGAUCCUUCCGGACUACCGCAAAGGUCUCCUGAACGUUCUCCCGCCAGGAAAAGUUAGCGAUCAGCAGUUCCAUCAGAUCGCCAAGCUCGCUGCCUUGCAGCACCGAGCCAAAGACGUCGUCUUCAUCCCCAGCAUACACGAGCUGUCAGAGUACAUCGCUGCGCCGCUCUUCAAAAAGCAGCCGCCGCAGCAGUGGCUUGCCAUGGUGAUGCGGCACAUGCGGCAGGUCCAGACCCUCCGCCCGCACCAGGCUCGAGCACAGUUUAUGGGGCUGGUAAGCGCAUUCCCCAUGUUUGGCUCGUCGUUCUUCUACAUCCACAGCAGCAGCUCCACCUCCUUCUACACCCCCUGCAUCGUUGCUGUCAAUCAAAAGGGUCUUCAUUUCCUGCACAAAAUCACACAUGAGGUGAUGGCAGCGGUCCCCCUGGUAGAAGUGCAAUCCAGCCGCACCCAGAGGCCCUCUGCCGGGGCCAGCUACCCAUACGUGGACCUGGCUCUGGGUGAUAUCGACACGCAGCGGCUCAUCCAGCUGCAGCUAGAACAGGGCCUGGAGCUGUGUCGAGUGGUUGCCAUGCAGGUGGAGAACAUGAUGUCGGCGCGGGAGAAGCGACUCACCCUGCCGCCCAGCGAAAUCACCAUGUUAUAGUGCUCCGAGAGCCCAGGGCUGGUUCAAACUUUGUGCUCAGAGGUGAAGGUUGAUUUUUGAAAGACACAGAAGAAAUGAAAAAUGUAUGAAAAAUAAAGGGCGGCACGGUGGGCGACUGGUUAGAGCGUCAGCCUCACAGUUCUGAGGAACACUCACACUCACAGCCAUGCCUACGGGCAAUUUAGAGUCUCCAUUGAAUGCAUGUUUUUGGGAUGUGGGAGGAAAGCGGAGUGCCCGGAGAAAAGCCACGCAGGCACGGGGAGAACAUGCAAACUCCACACAGGCGGGGCCCGGGAUUGAACCCGGGUCCUCAGAACUGUGAGGCUGACGCUUUAACCAGUCGCCCACCGUGCCGUCAAAAGUUUAUUUUAAUACGAAAAUACUUCUUCGUUAAUGUCACCAUUUGAUUUGUAGUAUUUUAUUCCAUUAUAAUUAUUUAUUGAAUAAAAUAUUAAAAUGAAACUGUAAAUGUAAUAUUUAUUAUUUUACUUAUUUACAAUAAAUAUAUGAUUUUAUGAGAUAAAUACAAAUAUCUUUUUUUAAAUGAUUAAAUAAUCUUUUAAAAUUUUUGGGAAACAACGGAUGAAAUAAUGCAAAUAAUAAUAACAAUAGGCGGCACGGUGGGCGACUGGUUAGAGCGUCAGCCUCACAGUUCUGAGGACCCGGGUUCAAUCCCCGGCCCCGCCUGUGUGGAGUUUGCAUGUUCUCCCCGUGCCUGCGUGGCUUUUCUCCGGGCACUCCGGUUUCCUCCCACAUCCCAAAAACAUGCAUUCAUUGGAGACUCUAAAUUGCCCGUAGGCAUGGCUGUGAGUGUGAAUGGUUGUUUGUUUCUAUGUGCCCUGCGAUUGGCUGGCAACCAGUUCUGGGUGUACCCCGCCUCCUGCCCGAUGACAGCUGGGAUAGGCUCCAGCACGCCCGCGACCCGCGUGAGGAGAAGCGGCUCAGAAAAUGGAUGGAUGGAUAAUAACAAUAAUAAUGCAGGAUUCUUGAUAAUGUGAAUGCUUGAUGGACCAGAUUAAAUAACUGAGUCUUUUCCCACCCGAGGUAUCCUAACGCUUCCUACCUCCGAACACUGCUCACCGGUCGCAACAUUAGCUACACCUGCAGAGGGAUGGAUGAAAAAAAUAUAUGCCUGUGCAAAAUAAAAUAAUGCUCACUAGUUAGACAUCUUGUGAGUUAGUAGCCUCUUUCACAAAUAGACACCACUAAAUUGCCACAUUAGUGAUUUAUCUGCAUUUUACACAUCAUCCAACCCAUUUUAGCAUCUAGGGCAGGGUGGGGCAGUGACCCACCAGAUCCACCAGAGGUAGCUGAGGUGAAAAAGCUUAACUAUUUUCCAGCAACUUGAACCUUAUUAACGUCUAAAAUGUUAUUAAUUUUGUCAUAUUUUGAUUUCUGUUUAGUUGAAUAAAAGUGUACUGAGAGCUGCUAUGAUAAUAUGCUCAAAAUUUUCUUAGCUCAUUCAGCUAGUAAUGUGUAUCACUAGCAUGCGUGCCUAAUGUUGCGGCCAGCAAGUUAUGUGUAUGAAUGCACACUUGUAUUAAAUAUUGUACCAUCGUAACUGGAAAAAAAUUGCAAACCAAAGGUAGUGACUCACUAUAUUUUUUACAUACCUGUGCUGUACAAUAUUUUACCUUUUUUUUAACUACCAACUGUAAACGGUCACAUGCAAUGUAUCUGCUGUUAUUUUACUUUAAAAAAAUAAUGAAACUAAAAUCAGCUGCA